AUGGGCGGAGCCAACGAUGGAUGGGUGAUGGCAGGAUCGGCCUUGAGAGGCUCACCUCCCUUUUCCCUCCGAAUGGCCACCGCCGUCGUCUCGGCUGGCGUGUCCAACACGACGUUCGUCGAUCCACAACAACUUUUGGCCACUUCGGUGGCCAACUCACUUCAGCCUCGCUUUGAGCGCCCACAACUUGACGAAGCUUGCCCCGUUUGUGGAGAUAAAGUCUCCGGCUACCACUACGGACUUCUCACUUGUGAGAGUUGCAAGGGUUUCUUCAAAAGAACUGUGCAAAAUAAGAAGCUUUACCAAUGCUCAGCCGAUCAGAAUUGUACUGUGGACAAAAGCUGCAGGAAGAGGUGUCCGAGUUGCCGAUACAAGAAAUGCAUCGAUCAAGGGAUGAAGGUUGAAGCUGUUCGAGAAGACCGAAUGCGUGGCGGUAGAAAUAAAUUCGGUUCUUAUUACAAGAAGGAUCGAGCACAGCGAAUGCAACGAUUACAAGUUCGACCGGGUGUUGGAGCGCCUAUCCCAUCGCAAACUCCUUCCGCUUUCUUUCCUCCACCUCAAAUUGAUCAACAUCUUGUUGCGAAUAGUGUAACUGAUGUGCGAACAGUGUUACCGCAAACGACCAUGCAAUAUUUUGAUCAACACAAAUUAAAAGCCGAAUACGACAGUUUAUUGCAAUCGCCCACCCUCUCAUCGACGUCCACUCAUUCACCACAACAUGUGGUUAUCCCCCGUGCCGGUUAUGUUCCAAAUUGUGACACAGUUCCUAUCCAUUCAGAAAUUCAAAGGAUAGACAGUCUGGCCGCUCUUCUUGGCUCUUCAAUCGAAGAUCCGAGUCUCCGAUCUCAAGCCGCUCAAUACCUCUACCCACAAGCCGUCAAACAUGAAGCUUUUGAUUACCAUCGUUACCAUGAUCCUCAACUUUUUGUGCAACAACACCCAGAAUAUGGAGUUUUCGCUCAGCCGACGACUUAUGCGAGUAUGCUUCCUGUAGCGCCGUUAUCAAGUAGCACAAGCUCUGCUCUGAGGACGGUCCUGGUUGCAGGCGGUUCAUCGGGAUCAAAUCGAUCAUCUCCAUUGUUGCCUGUUUGCCCGCUACCUACCGAGAAGAUCAUUGACACAGCUUUCUAUGGAAAACAAAACAUCUUGGGCAUGAUGGUGGAGAAGAUGAGUGGAGAAGAGCUCCGGAUACAGCAAAUGUUGGAGAUUCUCGGUCGAUCGAAUGUUCACAUCAUUGAUCCAUUCAAAUGUACAAUGCUAGCAGCUGAGCAGAAUCUCAAUCAUCUUGUCAGCUGGGCAAAAGAGAUCACUUAUUUCAAAGAUCAACUUGAGAUGGACGAUCAAAUGCAUCUCCUCUAUACAUCAUGGGCUUUCAUCCAUCUUAUUGAUUUUACAAAUGCUGCAAUCCUUGGUCUCCUCCCGAAUACUAUCAAAUUGGCUGCAAAUCUUGAAGUACCAUCCGGUUUGAUAGCUCUACUCGGUUCGGGGAUCUAUCUGACAAAAUGGCAAACCCUUGUCGCACAGUUGAGUCAAAUUGGUUUCGACAAAUACGACUUUGCCGCUUUUCGCUUCUUGGCACUCUUCAAUGAAGAAGGCCAACGAAGCGCUAAAGACCGAACGGUGAUUGAAGUAGUCCGGGCAACGCUAUAUGCGAAUUGGGGAGAGUAUCGAAGAGAUCCACAACGAUUGCAAUAUCUCUACAACACUUUUCAAAGUCUUAAAAUCCUUGCCUCAACCUGUCAUCAGCAUCUCUACGAACGCUAUCGAGCCGGCGAAGUGGAUCCAUCAGCGAGUCUCCUCUCAGAAAUGCUUGGAAGAGAUCCAUCGCACACCCGAACACACCCAACUUAUAUACAAUCAACAAUCAUUGCU